AUGAUUACAACUCUCCCUCAAGUGCUUCUUGCACUUGUUCCCGUGGCUUUAGCAGUUCCAGCGCCACAUCCAGUAGCUCAACCAGUUCCUCAUCCUAUGAUUACUCCGGCGGCCUCUCUCACUGAUAGAACACCAUCAAGACUCAUCGAACAAAGGGGGGUAGUUAGCUCAGCCGUAUCAUCUAUCAAGGGUCUAGAAAGCUAUCUUACCAGUGUUAUCGGAACGUAUCCAUCAUAUAUUGCGAGCGGGGUACCCAAUUUCUUCCAAGACUUUCCAACUGGGAGUGCUGUGCAAAGUAGUUUGGGAAUUAGUGAUAGUGAUUUGGCCGCUACUCCUACACAGGUUUUGAACAUCCCAGGAUAUGCGAAUUGGACUGAUCAAGGUUGGAAUCUUCGUGUUCACGGAAAUGUCUUCAAACAACCAAACAUCUCGGAAUCCAAGCUCAACGACCUAGCAAACGUCUUCCUCGUUGGUACCUCAAUCGAAGAUCUGCCUGCUCCUCAACAAUCCCAAGCCCGAAAUCUCACCGCCGAGAUUUUUGUCAUACAACAAGCACAUGUCAACGUCUCAUUCAGUUUAGAGCCUGCUCCGUCUCAAGGCGGAGAUGGAGAAAGUGGUGGUGGCAGUGCGGUGACACCAGCUGGAGGAGCGCAAAAUAUUACCCUGGUGGGACAAACAACGGUUGAGGGUGAUUACGAUCAAUUCAUUCAAAUCGCCAAUGUUUCAGGACCCGGUGGUUACCUUGCUCCUGGUAAUGAUACCACGGAUAUCCAACGAUUGAAUGUUUACACCGAUGGCACCUUGACCGGAAACGCAACAUCAUACCUCGUUCCCGAGUCAGGUCUGACCAUUAUUUCAGACAUCGAUGAUAUCCUCCGUGUUACAAAGAUUUACGAACCUAAGGAAGGUCUAUUAAACUCUUUCGCGAGGCCAUUCACACCAUGGAUGAACAUGCCUGACAUCUACGCCAACUGGUCUCGUAGUAUCCCCAACUUUCACUUCCAUUAUUUGACCACAACACCCGAGCAAGUAACAAGGAACUACAUGCAAUUCAUCUAUGAUACCUAUCCAGGAGGAUCUUUUGAUACCCGACCUCUCAAUUUCUCAGAUGUAUCUGCAACACUCUCGAUUCGAAAGUACUUGCUUAAAAAGGUCUUCGAGACCUAUCCCAACCGCAAAUUUGUUUUGAUAGCCGACACUUCCAAUUCAGACGUCAUGAAAGAUUACCCGGAGAUGGUAACGGAUUUCCCUGGACAGGUCCAAUGCAUCUUCCUACGCAACACAUCUGCCACGGACAGUGGAGAUAAAUUCCCAUACCAGACAUCGGGCUUUAAGAAUUUAAAUCAAUCACAAUACAUGUUCUUUUUAGUACCAGAUGAUCUUACGAAUCUUGACAUUGUCAAUGGACAAUGCUAUAAUUCUACCAUUCCCCAGAACCUUACAUUCAGUGAGCAAGGAUUGCCAUUUGGAUUGAGUAAGAGUGGUGCUACCAAGACGAAGACAAUUGGACGGAGCUUGGUUUGGAUAGCUAUGAUUGCAGCUUUCAUGGUUGCAUUGUAA